CAAGCAUCAAUUAUCCAAUUAGUGUGAAGUCUUAUCAACUCUGGAUCCACCAAUUCUCGUACCAGUUUAUCACUGUUAGUGUCUCCAACACACACAACUUCCAAACUCAAAAACUUCAUCAGCUUGUUGUUCCAUAUCCUCCUAGCAAUGGCAGCCACACUCUUUCUCCUCCCUUCUCUUGAUUCCCACAACCACCACUUCACUUUUCAACACAAACCCUCUUCCAAAUUAAAGCUUCAAUCUUUCUCUUUAUCUUCUCAAAAAAGAUUCAAUUUUUCCAACUUUAACUCCCCAUUUACUUCUUUCUCCACAUCUCACUCAUCUGACCAUCCUUCAUCUCCAAUUGACUAUAACACCCAAAACCCACCAAGAAUUGGGUGUUUUUUAACCAAUCAAGAGCUCCAAAAGCUUGAAUUCCUUGAAAAUUUCACUUAUUCUUGUAAAUUACCAUCUGGGUAUUUGAGUAUUAGAGUAAUGAAGGACUUUGAAUUGGAUAUAACUGUUGAUUUGUUAGCUGUAUCAUUUGCUGAGUCCAUGUUUUUGCCUAAUAUGAGUAAAAUGUACCUGACUUUGUUGGGUUAUUUGAUUAAGCAGUAUUUGAUUGAGAGGAGGGGUUUAAUGCCUCAUUGUGCUACACUUAUUGGGUUUUUUAGAGAGGAAAAAGGGGAUGUUGAUUGUGAUUUUAAUGGUGAAGGAAGAGAAGAAGAGUUGGCUGGGACAGUGGAGGUGUCUUUUGAUAAGAAGGGUGCUAAUGCUUCACCUCCUACACCAACCCCACCUAAGAAUUCCCCUUACAUAUGUAACAUGUCUGUGAAGGAGAGCCUUAGAAGGAGGGGCAUUGGUUGGCAUCUUCUGAAGGCAAGUGAGGAACUUGUAUCUAAAUUGAGUUCCUCGAGAGAUGUCUACUUACAUUGCAGAAUGAUUGAUUCAGCACCAUUAAGCAUGUAUAAGAAGGCAGGGUAUGCCAUUGUGAAGACAGACAGUUUUCUGGUCCUGCUCACCCUGCAGAGACGGAAACACUUGAUGUGCAAGGAGCUUCCUGCUUUGAGCAAGCCCUUGGAGACGGUCAUUGUUAGGGAUGAAGAAGAAACAUCAUCUUCAAUAGAUGGGAGAGACUCAGAAUCAUUAGUGUUUGAUGAGGUUUUGCAGAGCUCUCUUGAUAUGGAUGAAUGAUUCCAGCUUUCAGUUGCCAUUCUGCAUGUAUUCAUAUACAAGGAAUCUCUGCUUUCCAUCGGCACAAUACCCGAUUAAGGAAACCAGAUUUGGAUGGUCCAGCCUGCUUAAAAUAUCAACUUCCACUCGAAAUUCACGCUCGCCUUCUGCUUUUUUAAGAGGGGGAAGCUCCAUUUUCUUGAUUGCUACAAUCUGCAGGGUCCACAAAGCAGCAGCAUUCAUUCAGCUCGAAGCUUGAUGAGAUUUUGAUGGUGGGUUCUGCUCCUCAAGUUGCCAGAAUUCUGCAGUUUCAUAUAGCCUAAAAAUGGACAAUGAAAAGCAAGAAUGUAUAUAUUACAGGGUUCACCCUGAUCCUGAGACUUGCUCCUUCUCCGUUUGUUCCAUGCUGAAACAAAACCAAAGGGCAUUAUUUGGAACUCUAGUUAGUCGUUACUCGUGUAGAAUAAAGCGCGCUGAUUUGUCGUAACGAGCUUUGAUUAGAUCAAAGCAAACAUAUGUAAACCUUUUCUCUUCUGUUUUUUUUUUUUACUGUUAUACAUGCACUGUAAGACAACUAAAAUAUGCAAGUAUGAGUUGUAGAAUCCUUAAGAAGAGUACAUAGAGAGGAAGUAAAAACUUGAUUUGAAAUAUACUCCAUUACACUAACCUUCCAACAACCUAGAGAUUUUAGAGAAAGAAAGAUAGAGAGUACUUUAAGGAAAAGGAAAAGCAGGAGUCUAAGGAUCUGCAUAAGUCUCUUUCAUUUUUAUCUUUUCUUUCUUUUUCUUCCAACUGAUACUCUUGGAAGAGUGAAAAGAUGUUUAGGGCUGUUGAAAUGGCCCUUUCAUGCAAAAUUAUUUAGAAUUUGUCUACUCAUUAUUUCCUUCCAUAAUUUGUAUGGUUUCUACUGUUUCUGUGUCUUUAUAAACUGUUCCUUUUAGCUGCAAUCAUUAACUUUAAACUAGUUAUUAGCCCCGGACGAUCCGGGCGAUGCUCCGGGUUAUUAAUAUGUUCAUGUCAAAAGAAUAGCAUCUAAUGUUGCAUAGUUUAUUGGUUAGAACUUUUCUAUAUUAACUUGAGAUCAUGUAAUCGAAUUUCGUACGAAACAUAUUAUUAUUAAUUUUUAAUA